AAAGAUAGAGCCGGAGAGGAAGAGAGAGAGAGAGAGAGAGAGAGAGAGAGAGAGAGAAAGAAAGAGAGAGAGAGAGAGAGAGAGAGAGAGAGAGGAAAUGACAGCGGGACAGACAUUGAUAGUGGCGUAUGAGAAGAAAAAUGGAAAGUAAAAUAGAAGAAAAUAAAAUGAACGUCGAAGACUCUAAUUCUGUUCUACACAAUGAAGAGAGAGAAGACAAUCUCACUGAUUCACGUGAUGGAGGGUACAGUCUCAGUGAUUCACGUGAUGGAACGUACACCAAAAACAAAACAGCAUCGUAUUCAGGAAGUACCUCCUCAGUGAAAGCUAAAGUUCAACGCCAUCUUUCGUCAACACCCAAUUCUCCGGAACCUAAUUUAGAAAUUCCAAGAGAUGGAAGCCUCUUAUCUUUUCCAACAAAAGACAUUGUAACAAUACUGAUUUGUCUAAAUAUAGAUCCUGGGGUCAUAAACCGCGUUAAUAAGAUGCGUCUCAAUGGUAAAAAAUUAUCUGCUUUGUCAAAUGAAGAUCUGAAAGAGUUAGGCAUAGAUAAUCCCAUCAUAAAAUAUUUCCGGGACAGAACUAAAUUGAAAUCAAAAUCUCAUUUCAUGUUAUAACGAAAAAAUAGAAAGUCAGAACAGAACUAGUUGACUAAAUAGGGAAACAGAAUACCAUUUUCCGAAUACUAAUAAGAGAAUGCCGGGCAGAGAUUUCCCUAAUUCGUAUUCGGUGAUGCUAUGUAUGCUUGAUAAAAUUACUUAACUCUUGUUGUUUUCUAACCCACUUUCCUGAAGAACUUGUAUUCUGAAAUGGUUCAACUCUUUGCUGCAAGCAAUGAGUGGUUUGUAUAAUAUACAAAUGUUUCGUUAAUUAUUAGUAACAAAUGCAAGUCCUUCUAUAAGCAAAAUCCCCUAUAGACCAACGUUCUAUCAGUGGUGAAGGGAUAAAUCUCAUGCGUUUAGUUAUAAAAACUGGGAUAACCCCAUUUCUCGUCAGCAUUUAUCACUGAUGUAAAGGAAAAGUAAAAGCGCUGGAUAAUUUCUGCUUGAAUACUGACGAUUUGUGUAUUUGUAUAUUCAUGUUAAUUAAAAUGCUUUUGUUAAACGAAAGAGAAAUCACAACGAAGGCUUGUAAUAUUUGUCAAAUUAUAAAGUCUCAUCAAUAAAAUGUUAUUAACCUUAACGUAUCUGGAUUAAUCAAAAACAAGAACAAAAAUUUGCUAUUUUAUCAUUCGGCUUUCUGUCACGCUUUCAUAUCGGACAGAACACCAGGAUGAUGAAGUUUACAAUCAGAUCCAAAAUCACUAUACAGGCAUACGUCAACUUGCGUCGGUAAUUAGUCCGAAGAGAUACAUUACUCGAAAAAUGAUUAUAACACGAAAGAUUAUAAGUUCGUUUUUUUUAGCUUACAUCUGUUUUAAUAAAUGGUUUGUACAUAGUUUCAUUCAUAUUUUGAUUUUCCACUCCAGUAUUGGUUUUUAGGUGUUUGUUUAAUUUUUAUCCUUUUAUAUAUAUUCACAAAGACCGACAUAAAUUCGGAUAAAUCGAAUAAAGUUGAGAUUUAUUUUAUUCCAUUAAUUUCUUUAAGAAAAAAAACAUGUAAAGUCGAAAAAGUUGUAACUCAAAACGACGUGAGUUGGGUAUAUCUGUAUUUCGAUUGCUUUGCGCUUAUCCCCUUUUCAAUUAGAAUUUUUUUUACUAAAAAAUCCGACACAAGAAUAUUAAAUUCGUUUAAGAUUAACACACUGUUUGCAUUCUAUUCAUUUCAAUAUUUCAUUUUUACUUCCAUUUGUACUUCUCAUUUUCAACAAUAUUUGAAUAAAAAACAUAUAAUACGAUUCGCAA